GAUUAAGAAAUCCAUGUUGAGAGGUGGCAACAGAGAAACCCUAAAUUGAAGAGAAGAGUGAAGAUUGAGAGUUAGGGUUUAAGCGAGAUCAGAGAAGAAGGCAUCAUGUUUCCGGGAAUGUUCAUGCGCAAGCCUGACAAAGCUGCAGCACUGAAGCAGCUGAAAUCUCACGCGGCCAUGUUCGGGACAUGGGUUGUUGUUAUUCGAGUCACCCCUUACGUUCUUCACUUUCUCUGCGCCGAGAAAGAGGAACUUAAGCUCGAGCUUUAGCUUCUCAAUCUUCCCCGCCAGUGGAUCUUCAGGAGUAGGAUGUGUCCUUGGGUUUGGGACAAUAAUGGAGUAAUGUUUUUAUGUAACCUUGAAAUUGUGAGGCCAUGAUGAUAUAUUGAGUUUAAUCAUAUUUCCUUUUGCAUUUGGAAUAUAAAUGUGUUUGGACUAGUUGUGAAAAGAUAAACAACUUCAAUAGUGAAUUAUAGAUAUACUCAAUUAUUGUUAUAAUUGAUUAUAUGAAAUUUAAUCUUUGGACGUGUUUGGUGAAA